ACCUAUCUACAUUUAAUUAUUUUACCACCCAAUAAAGAUUCCACAGACUUGGCAUGGAAGUCAUGAACAUUCACAAAAUCUAAGAAAAACUGAAAACCGAAAAUAAAUAAAUAAACUCAAAAAUUAAUAAAAAAAAUAAAAUUUAAAGCUAUUAAGAUUCCACAAAAACUCUGUAUUGUCUCUCUCUUUCUCUCACUAUCUCUCUCUCUUUCUUGAGCUCAGAUCUGACCAGAGAAAGAAACAAUCGGAGAAGAAGAAGAAGAUGACUGACCGAGUCUUCCCAGCUUCCAAACCACCAACCGCCACUAAUGGAGCUCCACCAGGUGGUUCCAUACCUCCUCCUCCGGCUCCGGCAACAGUAACCAGCAACGGAACAGCCAAUGGAAUGGCAAAUCAGAAACCUCAAGUCUAUAUUCCGGCUAACCGUCCGAUUUACCGUCCACAGCCUUACAGUCGCCGUCAUCAUCACCAAUCUCGACCAAGCUGCCGACGAAUUUGCUGCUGUUGCUGUUUCUGGUCGAUUCUGAUAAUUCUGAUCUUAGCUCUCAUGACAGCAAUCGCCGCCACCGCGAUGUACGUGAUCUACCACCCUCGUCCGCCGUCGUUCUCCGUCCCGUCGCUACGAAUCAGCCGCGUAAAUCUAACGACCGCCUCUGAUUCCUCCGUCUCUCAUCUCUCUUCCUUCUUCAACUUCACUUUACUCUCAGAGAAUCCAAAUCAACACCUCACUUUCUCAUACGAUCCUUUCACCGUCACCGUUAAAUCAGCCAAAUCCGGUACGAUGCUCGGUAACGGAACUGUUCCUGCUUUCUUCAGCGAUAACGGUAACAAGACGUCGUUUCACGGCGUGAUCGCUACGUCAACAACGGCGCGUGAGUUAGAUCCGGAUGAAGCUAAGCAUUUGAAAUCAGAUCUGACGCGCGCGCGUGUGGUAUUUGAGAUCCAGAUGAGAACUAAAGUGAAGAUGAUAAUGGGGAAGCUGAAGAGUGAAGGAGUAGAGAUCAAAGUGACAUGUGAAGGAUUUGAAGGAACUAUACCAAAAGGUAAAACUCCAAUUGUAGCAACUUCUAAAAAAUCUAAGUGUAAGUCUGAUCUAAGUGUCAAAGUCUGGAAAUGGAGUUUUUAGAGGGGAUUUGAUAUUUUCACAAUUGAAAAUCUUUUUAUUUUUAUUUUUUUCUGGAUUUUGUGAAACUUUUGGAAUGAUCCAAAAAAAAAUUUCUUCAGUUGUUAGUUAAAAAUUUUCAGAGAAGAGUCAGAGAGAGAGAGAUAAGAUAUUGUCAAGUAGAAGAAGGCCAGAGAAUUCACAGCUUCUAAAAAAAAAUACUUGGAUUUUUGUUUUUUUUUUUUUGUUUGGAACUUUCUUUGUUUGAAUUUAUAUAUACAAAUAUAAAUGUAAUACUUAUAAGGGAAUGGGAGUACUAAAAAGCUGGAGAUUGCA